CUCUUUCAUCCUCUUUUUACACUUGCACUCCUCGUUUCCCAUCGUCCUUCCUUUUUUCGUUUUUCGAAUUCCUUCUUUGUGUGAAAGAGACCCUUUUAAUAUGUACUUAUUGCGUUUCUUGUUCCUUGUUACGCUUGGUGCGUUGAUGGCCACCGCCCAAAUGGGCCCUGAAAUUACAAAUCCCAAGCGCAACGCGACGAUUAACGCCGGCGAGAAAAUCAACAUCGAUUUUGAAUAUCAGAACCUUGGCACGGGCGAAUACUCGGUAGAUAUUUCGCUUUGGUUGGAUCCUUCCUUUGAGACCUUGCUGCAAAACAUCACCACCAAUCACGAAAUCGACAGUGGGAAUUCCACGGGCGUUCAUCUCGACAUGACCCAGAAUGCCACUUACGAAUGGAAAGUCCCGCACGGUCUGAACGACACCGUCUACUUGACCGUCACCGAGUAUGUGCAGACCACCGCCUUCAAGAACCUCCGCGUCCAUUCUGCCCCGGUCAUGUUGCACUUUAGCGCCGGUACUAUCCACUUGCCAACCCAUCACGUAGGCUUAUUGCUUCUUGGUCUGGUUAUCUUUGUCUUUUCCUCCCUCUAGCUUCCUUCAUCG